AUGUCCAGAGGGGCAACCUCCUCACCCAGCGAAUCCUACACCCAAAUGGCCGACACAGAUCUCGAAUCAAUCGGCCGCCACUGCCAAUUCGAAUACUGCGGCCAACUCGACUUCCUCCCCUUCCGCUGCGAAUCUUGCCGAAGCACUUUCUGCCUCGACCACCGCUCCGAAACAGCCCACAAAUGUCCCCACGCUGGAGAAUGGGCCCGCCGGCGCAACGGCACAAUAAACCAACAAGAGAACCGCACUGCGCCCGAAAGGCCCAACAUCUACAACUCCGAUCAGUGCGCCCACGUCUCUUGCAAAACCCUCAUCAAUACCCUGAAAGACCCCGGCGUGCGCUGCCCGAACUGUAAUCACCAGUACUGCCUUAAGCACCGGCUUCGAGAGGAACACGAGUGCGCCAAGCUUACCCCGCUGGGCGCACGGCAAGGCAGCAGCGCGAAUGAAACGAUCAAGUCGAUGUUUUCGCGCAUGAGGACCUGGGGUAAAGAGAAACAAGUUGCGACUUCGAAUCUCAUUCCGAAGCCGAAGGUUAAGCCCAACAGUCCUGCGGCGCGCAUCGCCAGUGUCAAUGCCAUGAAACGGUCUGCGAAGGGCGAUGCAGGUGUUCCCGCCGAUAAGCGGUUAUACUUGCAUACGGUUGGAACGGCGGAUACUCAGGCUGCGGAGCCACCGGCUGGGGACUUUUAUUUCGACUCGAGGUGGAAGGUUGGUCGAGUGCUGGACGAUGCGGCGCGCAGGUUGAAGGUUGAGAACUUGAAUAAUCGUGGUGGAGGAGAGGAGGCGCGAUUGAGAAUCUUCCACGUCGAGUCUGGGGAUUUCCUGGAGUUUUCGGAUACGAUUGGCGGUGGGAAACUCAAGUCUGGCGAUACUAUUGUGUUGCUGCGAGGCGCCGGGGUGGUUCUCGCGAAUUCAUGA